CGGCCAACCAGGGGUGGAGGCGGCGGCCAGGGAGGAAGCGGAGGAGGCGGAGGCGGCCGUGGGGUUCACCCGCCUGCUCGUUCGCCUGGUUUCCCCGCCCCCGCCGGUCUCACCGCUGCCGAAGGGAGCCGGUUGCGCGCUGUCGUAACCUGCCCUCAUCCUGGCCAGCAACAGGAAGACCGGACCCCCAUCCAGACCAACCUCCCUGUCAGGGCGGCUGCGCGCGGGCUCUGCGGGGGCGCAGGGCGGGCAGCCCGGGCGCCUGAAGGUUACCGAGCGUAUGAGCGCCUAGCCUCCCGCGCUGCCCCGCCCGCCGGCCCGCCGGUCCGCCCGCCGGCUCGCCCGCCAGCCCCUCGGCGCCCGGCGGCGGCGGCGGCGGCGGAGACGGCCGCAGGAGGCGCCGUUUCCCUCCCAGGUGCGCGCUUCGCUCCCGGAGCGGCGGAACUCGGCGGCCGCCAUGGCGUCCAACAUGGACCGGGAGAUGAUCCUGGCGGAUUUUCAGGCAUGUACUGGCAUUGAAAACAUCGAUGAAGCUAUUACAUUGCUUGAACAAAAUAAUUGGGACUUAGUGGCAGCUAUCAAUGGUGUAAUACCCCAGGAAAAUGGCAUUCUACAAAGUGACUAUGGAGGUGAGACUAUACCAGGACCUGCAUUUGAUCCAAGUCACCCAGGUUCAGUUCCUGCACCCUCUUCCUCUUCAGCAUUUCGACCUGUAAUGCCAUCUAGGCAAAUUGUAGAACGGCAGCCUCGGAUGCUGGACUUCAGGGUUGAGUACAGAGACAGAAAUGUUGAUGUGGUACUUGAAGACAGCUGUACUGUUGGAGAGAUUAAACAGAUUCUAGAAAAUGAACUUCAGAUACCUGUGUCUAAAAUGCUGUUGAAAGGCUGGAAGACCGGAGAUGUGGAAGACAGUACCGUCUUAAAAUCGCUACAUUUGCCAAAAAACAACAGUCUUUAUGUCCUUACACCAGACUUGCCACCACCUUCAUCAUCUAGUCAUACUGGUGCCCUGCAGGAAUCAUUAAAUCAAAACUUCAUGCUGAUCAUCACCCACCGAGAAGUCCAGCGGGAGUACAACCUGAACUUCUCAGGAAGCAGUACCAUUCAAGAGGUAAAGAGAAAUGUGUAUGACCUUACGAGUAUUCCUGUUCGCCAUCAAUUAUGGGAGGGCUGGCCAACUUCUGCCACAGAUGACUCAAUGUGUCUUGCUGAAUCAGGGCUAUCCUAUCCCUGCCAUCGACUUACAGUGGGCAGAAGAUCUUCACCUGCACAGACCCAAGAGCAGUCCGAAGAGCAAAGCACCGAUGUUCAUAUGGUUAGUGAUAGUGAUGGAGAUGACUUUGAAGAUGCUUCUGAAUUUGGGGUGGAUGAUGGAGAAGUAUUCGGCAUGGCAUCAUCUGCCCUGAGAAAAUCUCCAAUGAUGCCAGAAAACGCAGAAAAUGAAGGAGAUGCCUUAUUACAAUUUACAGCAGAGUUUUCUUCAAGAUAUGGUGACUGCCAUCCUGUAUUUUUUAUUGGCUCAUUAGAAGCUGCUUUUCAAGAGGCCUUCUAUGUGAAAGCCCGAGAUAGAAAGCUUCUUGCUAUCUACCUCCACCAUGAUGAAAGUGUAUUAACCAACGUGUUCUGCUCACAAAUGCUUUGUGCUGAAUCUAUUGUCUCUUAUCUGAGUCAAAAUUUUAUAACCUGGGCUUGGGAUCUGACAAAGGACGCCAACAGAGCAAGAUUUCUGACAAUGUGCAAUAGACAUUUUGGCAGUGUUGUUGCACAAACCAUUCGGACUCAAAAAACAGAUCAGUUUCCACUUUUUCUGAUUAUUAUGGGAAAGCGAUCAUCUAAUGAAGUGUUAAAUGUGAUACAAGGUAACACAACAGUGGAUGAGUUAAUGAUGAGACUCAUGGCUGCAAUGGAGAUCUUCACUGCCCAACAACAGGAAGAUAUAAAGGAUGAGGAUGAACGUGAAGCCAGAGAAAAUGUGAAGAGAGAGCAAGAUGAGGCCUAUCGCCUUUCACUUGAGGCUGACAGAGCAAAGAGGGAAGCUCAUGAGAGGGAGAUGGCAGAACAGUUUCGUUUGGAGCAGAUUCGCAAAGAACAAGAAGAGGAACGUGAGGCCAUCCGGCUCUCCUUAGAGCAGGCCUUGCCUCCAGAGCCAAAGGAAGAAAAUGCUGAACCUGUGAGCAAACUGCGGAUCCGGACCCCCAGUGGAGAGUUCCUUGAGCGGCGGUUCCUGGCCAGCAAUAAGCUCCAGAUUGUCUUUGAUUUUGUAGCUUCCAAAGGAUAUCCAUGGGAUGAGUUCAAGUUGCUGAGUACCUUUCCUAGAAGAGACGUAACCCAGCUCGACCCAAAUAAAUCAUUAUUGGAGGUAAAGUUGUUCCCUCAAGAAACCCUUUUCCUUGAAGCAAAAGAGUAAACGUGGCCCAGCAGUGGAACCAGCCAUUCCUUGACAAGUCAGAGGCCGGCGUCAAGAGAAGGGCUCCUUGCCAACCCACCUACACGCUCGUCUCACUCAACUCAAUGUCACACUUCUGCCUCUUACAAGAUUGCUGGAAAAAAGUAAUAAUAAACAUAGCUACUUAAAAUUUCCCAUCCACGAGUAUAUGUUCCCAACCCUCAUAGAGAAUUACAACUCUGCAGCUCUCCUUUAUCCCCUCCACCUCACCCUUGUCCAAUGACUAAUGCACUGUUCAAGUGUGAGUGUCCACGAAGUAGAAUUUUUACCUCUCCAGUGCCCUUCGUUUCCCCACACUGUCUAGGACAGUUCUGUCUGCCCUGUGACACCAGGAUGCUAUGUAUUUGAUAUGUCUCAUUGAGCCAGGGCUCAUGCACCUCUGCCUUUUUAUUUUCAUGACUGGAUUUCUACUUUGUCACCUACUUUUAAAAGGCAUGGGGAAAAAAGUCAAAUGGGACUUCUCAGCAUGGAGAUUAAACAUUGUUGUAGGAAAAAAAA